AUGUCAGUGGUAAACGUGAACGUCGGAGUAUUGGGGCACGUGGACAGCGGCAAGACGAGCCUUGUGCGCGCUCUAAGCACGCAAUUGUCCACUGCCGCGCUAGAUAAACACCCGCAGAGUCAGCAGCGUGGCAUCACUUUGGAUCUGGGCUUCUCAAGUUUCCGUUUGCAGCCAUUAGAUCAAGUGAAGCCAUCUUUGCAGGUCACUUUAGUCGACUGUCCGGGUCAUGCGUCCCUUUUUCGGACAAUCUUGGGCGGUGUAGCCAUUAUCGACACUGUGCUGCUGGUCGUGGACUGCCGCAAGGGACUACAGGCUCAGACCAUCGAGAGUCUCCUACUGGCGUCGCUAAUAGCUGAACGAAGAGUGAUCGUAGCAUUAACCAAGACGGACUUGCUGCCCUCUGUGGCCUCAGAAAGAACGAAAGUCAUCGAUGCAGUCACCCAUGAGAUACGGACGUUCUUGGCUACACAUUUCAACUUCCAGAACAAAGCCCCCAUUCCCGUGGUUCCCGUGGCUGUAGGGUCUGGACAAGAACCUCAGGGCAUUCAGCAGCUGCUAGAAGUGCUGAGCGCCAACUUACAGGUGCCAGAACGAGAUACUUCCGGCGCUUUUCGCCUUGCAGUGGACCACUGCUUUGCUGUGCCUGGUAACGGGACAGUUCUAACUGGGACAGUAUUAGCUGGAACCUUACAGAAAGGAGACGAGAUAGAGCUAUUGCCAAUCGGAGUAAAGACAAAAGUAAAGACGCUGCAAGUGUUUAAACACGACGUGGACAGAUGCACACAAGGAGAUCGCGUGGGCGUGCGCGUAAAUGGCUUAGACCCUGCACUUGUGGAGAGGGCGAUGGCUGUGUCCCCUCCCGGGAGCUUAACCCCAGUGACCCAAGUGAUCAUUCCAGUGACCCCAGUGCCGUUCUUUCGCGGCGCAGUCUGCAAAAGUGGAGCCAAGUGUCAUGUUACAGUUGGACACACUACUGUCAUGGCUACAUUUACAUUUUUCUCUCGAUUAGGGCGCAACAAGAAGAGCAACGUGGAGUUUGACCCCUCCGCACUGUACGAGUACGUGUCGGAUCUCGAUUUCGGGGAAAAGAGGCCAGAAAAGGCUGGAAAUGAGUCCACAAAAGGAGAUUCUACUAUAUUUGCUCUACUUCAGCUCGAGCACGCCGUUUAUUGCCCUCCGAAGGCGCUUGUCGUCUGUUCACGACUUGAUCUCGACGCGAAGCGAUUCUCGUGUCGAUUGGCUUUCUACGGGUCUGUGGAGUUUGGUCGUGUCAAGAGUCGAGAUGGCUUGGUGGAUAAAGUGGCUGAAGGAGCAGGCGAAGUGAUCGGUCGAGAUUUGUUUUCAAAGGAUGUCAAGUGGAGCGUUUAUCAGAACUCGGAGGUUUUAUUCGAACAAGCACAAGUUCUGGGGACAAUCCUCGGACCUUUUGGCAAGGCCGGCAAGUUUCGCAUUGCCUUAGAGAAAAUUGUGUUUCGAUUUCUGAAGUUAAUGGCACUGAAACCGCCCAAUUUUGCCAAGCGGAGAGGUCAAAUCGAGCGACUGAAGGGCGAGACGACUGCGGAUGGCAGAAAUCCGUUCGCUAUUGUGUCGGGAUUGUUCGAUACUGAGCAGGAAGCAAAAGAUGCGGUGGGUUCUCGCAUCCGGUGUAGUAAAACUGACGGGGACGAGGCAGACGAAGGCGCGAUUGAGAAACCUUUCGGUAAAGCUGGCAAAGUCCGUGUAGAUUUUCAGGGAUGUGAAGGCACCAAGGGCCAAGUGGGAGAUAUCGUGGAACUAUACUGA